CUUCCUUCCUUCCCUCCCGGCCCCGGGAUGGUGGAGGCGGCUCCCGGCCGCGGGCCGCUGCGGAAAACCUUCCUGGUGCCGGAGAUCAAACCCCUGGACCAGUAUGACUUCCCGCGGGCCAAGACGGCCGCCAGUCUGGCCUGGCUGCUCCGAGCCGCCUUCGGAGGCGCAGAGCACGUGCCCACAGAACUGUGGGAGCCCUUCUACACGGACCAGUACGCCCAGGAGCACAUGAAGCCACCGGUGACCCGGCUGCUGCUGUCAGCCGAGCUGUACUGUCGGGCCUGGCGCCACGCGCUGCCCAAGAUGGAAGCCCCACCUGAUCCCCCCGCCCUGCUGGCCCUGUUGGCGCGCCGGGGGCUAACGCCUGCCCUGCCCGAGCGGCCGGUCCGCGAGGCCGACCUGCGCCACCAGCCCAUCCGCAUGGGUGCCCACCUAGCAGUGAUCGAUGCGCUGAUGACAGCCUUCGCCAUCGAGUGGACCCGGCCCCUCGCGGAGCCCGCAGCCCCCGGGGGCUGGGAGAACAAAAUCCUCCUUUGGGUGGACACGACCGUGCGGCGGCUCCAGGAGACCUCAGAGCGUGAGGCGGCGCAAAGGCCCUCAGGCCCCGUGCCCGAUGGCCCGGCCCAACCCUCGUGUCCCACCCGGUGGUACUGGAAACUGGUUCCUCACGCCAUCGCAUUCUGUUUAAAGGAAUCUGGGAGCAAACCCCCAGUGAUCCGUUACCGGAAAGACCGUGCCGUGGCCCGUCGGGCCCCCUGCUUCCCCGCUGUGUCUGGGCUGCAGGAUCUGGCCAGUGGGGCGGCACUGGCAGCCACCAUCCAUUACUACUGCCCCCAGCUGCUGCGCCUCGAGGAUGUCUGCCUGAAGGACACCAUGUCGGUGGCCGACAGUCUCUACAACCUGCAACUGCUCCAAGAUUUCUGUGCCGCUCGCCUCGCCGGGGGCUGCCCGCUGGCCCUGGAGGACCUGCUUUAUGUCCCCCCCAUCCUCAAGAUCAAUAUCGGGGUGCUCCUGGCAGAGCUGUUUUUCUGCUUCGAGGUCCUGAAGCCGGACUUCGUCCGCCCCAAGGAGUUACCUGAUGGGCAAGGCUCCCCCCGCCUCAGCGACACGUCCACCCCACCGAGCGGCAAUGGGAGCAGUUCUCCGGUCUUCAACUUCCGGCACCCACUCUUGUCCCCCGGGGGCCCUCAGUCCCCACUCCGGGGCUCUGCAGGCUCCCUGCACCACUCUCCUUCGCUGUCCCACGUGGAGGGAUUUGGGAAGACCUGGAACCGCCAGCUUAGCCGCCCCCUGUCGCAGGCCAUCUCCUUCAGCAUCCCCUUUGGGCUGGAUAGUGACGUGGACAUCGUGAUGGGGAACCCGGUGCUCCUGCGCUCGGCCAGCUCGGACAGCCUGGGCCCCCCGAGCCGGGCCCCAGCCUUCGCCCCGCCGGCUCCCCGGCCCCCGCCGCACCCCGUGGAGCCGGCCCCGGAGCCCGGGGACCUGCCCACCAUCGAAGAGGCCUUGCAGAUCAUCCACAGCGCCGAGCCCCGCCUGCUACCCGACGGAGCGGCCGACGGCGCCUUCUAUCUCCACUCUCCCGAGGGGCCCCCGAAACUGCCGCCCGAGGGGCCUUCCAAAAGCGGCGGCCUGCCUGCCUACCACCCCCACCCGGAGGGCUCGCCGAAACCGGCCCCGGCGGCCCCGUGCCCGCCCGAGGCGUCCCCGAAAGCUCCCCCGGCCACGGCCCCCGAGGGCCCGGUGCGCAUGACCAGUUUCGCCGAGCGCAAGAAGCACCUGCUGAAGCCGGAAGGGCGGGCCGAGGAGGAGGCGGCGGCGGCGGCGGCGACGACGGCGGCGGCGGGCGUGGGGGCGGCGGGGCCCGAGACCCUGACGUCGGAGAUGAGUUCGGAGAUGAGCCAGCUGGGGGCCCGGCUGGAGGAAAAGCGGCGGGCCAUCGAGGCCCAGAAGCGGCGCAUCGAGGCCAUCUUCGCCAAGCACCGCCAGCGGCUGGGCAAGAGCGCCUUCCUGCAAGUGCAGCGGCGCGAGGCGGGCGAGGACGGUCCGGAGGAAGGCCUGGAGGAAGGCCCGGACGGCGGGGAAGGCGAGCAGCCAGCCGGGGAGGACCGGGGAGAGGCCCUCGAGCGGCCCCCCGAGCGGGCCAAGACGGUGACCUUCGGUCCGGAGGUGGGGCGCCCGGCGGAGGAGAACCUCGGGGACUACAACCGGGCGGUGAGCAAGCUGAGCGCGGCCCUCAGCUCCCUGCAGCGGGACAUGCAGCGACUGACGGCCCAGCAGCAGCGGCUCCUGGGGGACAAACAGCCGCCGCCACCCCCGCUCCCGGGCCCGGCGGCCUGGGUCAUCCCCGCCCCGGCCUCCCCCGCCCGGCCUCUGUCGCCGUCCCCCGCCCGCCGGGUGGCGCCCCCGCCUCGCUCGCCCCAGCCGGGCCCCCGCCGGGCAACCCCGCCGGCCGCGGCCCCCGCGGCCCCCAAGAGCCCCAAGCACGCGCGGCCGGCGGAGCUGAAGCUGCUGCCGCCGCUCACCCGAGUGCUGACCCCGCCGAACAACGUGGACACCCUCCCCCACCUGCGCAAGUUCUCGCCCUCCCAGGUGCCCGUCCAGACCCGCUCGUCCAUCCUCUUUGACGAGGGCGGCGGGGCCCCCGGGGCCCGGUCCGAGCCUGGGGGCGACCCCCCCGGGAACCCCGUGGAGGCGGCGGGCGGCGGGGCCCGGCCGGGGCCGGACGGCGGGGCCCAGGCGGCCACGUCCUCAGCGGAGCGGCGCUCCACCCUCAUCGAGAUCCCCCUGGGCAGCCUGCGGCCCGAAGGCGGGGACGAGGACGCGAGCCCCCCCGGGGACGACUCGCUCGAGGAGGCCGCGGAGGCCGAGCAGAGAGCCGGGCUGGGCUUCUUUUAUAAGGGCGAGGAAAAGCCGGAGGACGAGAUGGCACAGAAGCGGGCCAGCCUUCUGGAGAGGCAGCAGCGCCGGGCCGAUGAGGCCAAGCGGCGGAAGCAGUGGCUGGAGGCCGAGAAGGAGCAGAAGAAGGAGGCGGCGGCCCGGCUGGCGCAGGAGGAGAGGGGCCGGGUGGAGGAGGAAGGCGGGGCCCGGCGGGGCGACUUCACGCGCCAGGAGUAUGAGCGGCGGGCGCAGCUGAAGCUGAUGGAGGACCUGGACAAGGUGUUGAGGCCGCGAGCCGCCGGGCCCGGCCGGGGAAGGCGGGCGGCUCGGCCCCGCUCCGGCUGCUGUGAUGACUCGGCCCUGGGGCGCAGCCCGGCCCGUGGCCUUCUGGGCUCCCGGCUCAGCAAGGUCUACUCUCAGUCCACCCUGUCGCUCUCCACUGUCGCCAACGAGCCGGCCAACAGCCUUGGGGUCAAGAGAUCGUCCCGGGCCCCAUCUCCCUCUGGCCUCAUGUCCCCCAGCCGUUUACUGGGCAGCCGAGAGAAAGACUGGGAGAAUGGGAGCACGGCCUCGUCCCCGGCUUCGGUGCCGGAGUACACAGGUCCCAAGCUGUACAAGGAGCCCAGUGCUAAAUCUAACAAAUAUAUCAUCCACAACGCCCUCUCUCACUGCUGUCUGGCCGGCAAGGUCAAUGAGCCUCACAAAAACCGCAUCCUGGAGGAGAUCGAGAAGAGCAAAUCCAACCACUUCCUGAUCCUGUUCCGGGACUCGAGUUGCCAAUUCCGAGCCCUGUACACGUUCUCCGGGGAGACGGAGGAGAUGUCCCGCCUGGCCGGCUACGGGCCCCGCACCAUCACCAAGUCCAUGGUUGACGGCAUCUACAAGUACAACUCGGACCGCAAGCGCUUCACCCAGAUCCCGGCCAAGACCAUGUCCAUGAGCGUGGACGCCAUCACCAUCCAAGGUCACCUCUGGCAGUCCAAGAAGCCCAGCACCCCCAAGAAGCCCAGCACCCCUAAAUAGAAGGGGCCGCUCUCCUUCCCUCUCCCAUCCUUCAUUUCUAGGCCCGGGGUCUCCCUUGGGGCUGUUGGAGGAGGGGGGAAACGUCCACCGCAGGGCUGCGGUUGGCAGAGGGAGCUGCCGGCCCCUGUUGCUCUCGCUCUCUCUGCCUCCCUCCCUGGCUUUUUCACAGGGGGUAGAGAACCACCAAC